CGUAGUGGAUAAAGAGAGCGGCCUGUAGGGUGGGAGGGAGAAAAAGAAAAGAAAACAAAAAACAACCAAGUGGAGCCCGAGGGGUGCGGCGGCUAGGCCUCGUCGGAGCCUGUGUGGAUUCGAAGGGUGUCGGUGUCGGGAUCCCGAGGAUCUCGAAAUGCAUCGUGAUUCUUGUCCGUUGGACUGCAAGGUGUAUGUAGGUAAUCUUGGAAACAAUGGCAACAAGACUGAAUUGGAACGGGCUUUUGGCUAUUAUGGACCACUCCGAAGUGUGUGGGUUGCUAGAAACCCUCCCGGCUUUGCUUUUGUUGAAUUUGAGGAUCCCCGAGAUGCAGCUGAUGCUGUCCGCGAGCUAGAUGGAAGAACACUAUGUGGCUGCCUUGUGAGAGUGGAACUGUCGAAUGGUGAAAAAAGAAGUCGAAAUCGUGGCCCACCUCCCUCUUGGGGUCGUCGUCCUCGAGAUGAUUACCGUAGGAGGAGUCCUCCACCUCGGCGCAGAUCUCCAAGGAGGAGAAGCUUCUCUCGCAGCCGGAGCAGGUCCCUUUCCAGAGAUAGGAGAAGAGAGAGAUCACUGUCUCGGGAGAGAAAUCACAAGCCGUCUCGAUCCUUCUCUAGGUCUCGAAGCCGAUCUAGGUCAAAUGAAAGAAAAUAGAAGACCAGUUUGCAACACAAGUGGUGUACAGGAAAUAAUUUCAUUUGACAGGAGUAUGUACAGAAAAUUCAAGUUUUGUUUGAGACUUCAUAGGCUUGGUGCAUUUUUAAGAUGUUUUAGCUGUUCAGAUUUGUCUUUCUCUUGGAACAGUGACACAUGUAACAAUGUCAUUCUCUAUGGUUUGAAAUGGAUCAUAUGAGGCAUGUAAUACCAAGAAUUGUUACUUUACAAUGUUCCCUUAAGCAAGAUUGAAUUUGCUUGGAAUUUUAGUUUUUCAUAGUCUGAAAUAAACCUAAAUCCUGCCC